GGAAGAUCAAAACUUGUUUGCCAUCUCAAUCAUUUGACUUGUUAUGUUCACACUAAAAAUGUUGGGGACAUGCAAUUAAUAUAUAAACAAGGCUGUGGAGUGUGUAAGGAAGCAGGGCAAAAAAUGGGUGAUCAAACGGUGAAGAGUGAGAAGGAAACAAUGGAGAAGGAGGAGAAAAUUGCCGUGGCGAAAGUUGAUGAGCCUGAAAUCAAGUAUAGAGGAUGGAAAGCCAUGCCGUUUAUUAUAGGGAAUGAAACUUUCGAGAAACUGGGAGCCAUUGGUACCUUAGCCAACUUAUUGAUCUAUCUCACUACUAUCUUCAACUUGAAGAGCAUUACGGCUGCAACUAUGAUCAAUGUCUUCAAUGGAACCGCGAAUCUCGGCACCCUGGUCGGAGCUUUCCUCUGUGAUACUUACUUCGGUCGAUACAAGACCUUGGGAUUUGCCACUUCUGCUUCUUUCUUGGGGUUGCUAGCAAUUCAACUAACAGCAGCUAUCCCGGAGUUGCAUCCACACCGGUGUGCGGCGAAAGGGGGUGGCGAAUGUGAAGGGCCAACGAGGGGUCAAUUUGCGUUUCUGCUGGCGGGUUUGGGGCUGAUGGUGGUGGGAGCUGGGGGUGUUCGGCCGUGUAACUUGGCAUUUGGGGUGGAUCAAUUCAACCCCAAAACAGAAUCUGGAAAGAGAGGAAUCGAUAGCUUCUUCAAUUGGUACUUCUUCACCUUCACUUUUGCUCAGAUGAUCUCGUUAACCCUCAUCGUCUACAUUCAAUCGAACGUGAGUUGGGCUAUUGGCCUUGGGAUUCCGGCGAGUCUCAUGUUUAUAGCUUGUGUUGUGUAUUUCGUUGGUUCCAAAAUAUAUGUCAAAGUUAAAGCUAGUGGUAGUCCAAUGACGAGUGUAGCACAAGUGAUAGUGGUAGCCAUCAAGAAAAGGAAACUGAAACCUGUGGAGCAACCUUGGCUUUCCCUUUUCAAGUAUCCUCCCAAGUCUGUCAACUCCAAGAUUCCCUAUACCGACCAAUUCCGAUUCCUUGACAAAGCAGCGAUUGUUACGUCUGAAGACGAAAUAAACGGUGACGGAUCGGCAGCGGAUCCAUGGAGACUGUGCAGCUUGCAGCAAGUGGAAGAAGUGAAAUGCCUGUUUAGAGUGCUUCCUAUAUGGGCUUCACAAAUCUUGUAUUGUGUUACACUUAUUCAACUGCAUACAUAUGCUGUCUUCCAAGCCGUUCAGUCUGAUAGACGACUAGGAAACACCAACUUCAAGAUCCCGGCAGCAUCGUAUGUCGUCUUCAUGAUGCUUAGCCUGACCUUUUUCAUACCCGUAUACGAUCAGCUCAUCGUCCCGUUUCUUCGAAGAAUCAGAGGGAAACAAGUGGGUAUUACAAUUCUCCAGAGGAUCGGAAUUGGGAUAUUUGUCUCGGUAUUCACCAUGCUCGUAUCAGCAAUGGUCGAACAACAUCGGAGAAACACAGCUCUCUCGAAACCGACUCUCGGAGUCGUUCCACGAAAAGGCGCCAUCUCAUCGAUGUCAGCCUCGAUUUUGAUCCCUCAAUUCAUCCUCGGUGGACUGACGGAAGCGUUUGCAUCCAUCGGCCUAUUCGAAUUCUACUACAAGCAGUUCCCGGAGAACAUGAAAAGCAUAGGAGGGUCUCUAUUCUAUUGUGGCAUGGCGGCUUCGAACUAUUUCAGUAGCUUGUUGAUCUUAGUAGUUCAUCGAACUACAGACGGCACGGCCGCCGGAAACUGGUUACCGGAGGAUCUCAACAAGGGAAGAUUGGAUUAUUACUAUUACAUGAUUGCUGGGUUGGGAAUCUUAAACCUGGGCUACUUUUUGUUAUGCGCAAGAUGGUACAAGUACAAAGGAAACGGUGACGACGACACCCUUGAGCUUGAGCUUCAUGUUAAUGGCGAAAAACAGCACUCGGAUAAACCUUAAGUCUCAUGUUCGUUAAGAUUCAAAUAUAGAUGAAUAGAUUUCAAAACCCAA